UCUCCUCCCCGACCGUGACCUAGCCGCCGCCGGAGCCGCGCCCCGCCGUCCCACCGGAGCACGCCCGUCCCCAACCCCGACCGCCGCCCUCCACUGCUUCCCAAGGUAGCGGCGGCGGUGGUGGCGGCGAGCAUACCAUUGAUUAGCAAUCGGGAGCUAUGGCGGGUGGCGCCAGGGAACAAGUCGUGGUUGCGAAGAAUCUUGUGAAGAGGCGCAAGGCGAAUAGUCUGGAAGCCAUCGAGGGGGUGGCUGACAAGGAGCGCAACAUCCUCGAGCUCGAUUCUGAGGAUGGCAUGGAGCCUGAUGAGUCGAUGGUUGCCAGGGAUGUCACGCUUCUCGAGCAGGUGGAUGCGGAUAUGGCCGAACUGAAAUGUGGUGAGGAUGGGGAUGAUGGUCAGGACAUGAAGUGGAAGGAUAUCAUGUCUGCCCAACAACUCUGGAUAAGGAAGAGGGAGAUCUUGGCCAAAUUGCCACUGAUCCCUUUCCAGGCAAAGUAUACUCACAAUUACCAGUACCAGAACAAGGAGGAGGAGACGGAAUCCACAAGAGCUGUCAAGGAGCAGAUGGCUUUGGAGGAGAGUGAAUUCGCUGUGUACCGUUCCAGCUCUGAAUUUUCUUGCUUCGGUUCCUUUGAAACCAUCACCACAUUGAGUCCCAUGUACUAUACACACUGGACACCCGAACGCAUCCCGUUCAUGCUCGGUAUUGCAACCACUGAGAGCAGCCUGCAGAUAUACUCCUUCAAAAUUCAAAUGAAAGGCGAAAAUUUGAACUGGCCACUCUAUGUGUAUGGCGUGGUUGCUGCCCGAGACAAAGUCGAUCGCAACCGCAACCUUCUCUUCUACCGGCCAAGGCACGACUGCCAAAUACUCACAGAAGAUGAUCAGAUUUUGCGCCUGACUGGCCCAUCUCGGGCAAUUAUCGCUUUGGACCCUGUUGACUUCGAAGUCGAACUAAAACUUAAGGGCAUAACAGAGUCCAAGGACAGACCGUUGAUGAACAAACGCUACCAUUACUGGGGCGUUUGCUCUACUGAUUCCGUUUCUAUUAAAUUAGAGAACUGCAAAUGCACAGCAGAGAUAAGCCUGAAGCAUCAUCCAGAAACUGUCCAGGCCACCGUUUUGGGUGUCCGCAUUGUUGAAGGUAGCCUAUUCCCUUUCAAAUAUGGAGGCCGGGUUGUGUGCUACUCGCCGUCUGAGGAGCGUUUGCUCAUGGGUAGCAAAGGCACCGUUGAUGACGUUAUGGAUCUGUCCAAGGAAAUCCUGCUACUUGAUUCUCGUGAUUUUGAUGAUGGUGUCGAGAUGCCAAUGGGCUCGGAUGGCUACUUUGAUCUGUCGAGGCGUGUUGUUUCUGUGCCAUGGAAAGAAAGCAUGAAAAUUGUCAUACAAGCCUACUCAGAGUCACUUGCGAAAAGCCAAGGGAAAAAACGCUGCCUGGAACCUGAAGAUAUUGCUGCAAAAGGCCAUGUGAAGUUCCCGUCCAAAUAUUGCAACAUAAGCCGAGGUAUGUGUGACCUUGGCGACUCUAAGGUGGAGGUUACUGUUGCUUGGUCAGCCAUUGUUACGAGGAAGAGCAAUCUCAGUGUCCUAUGCUGA